GCUGUCCCCGCCGGUACCGCCGCUGUCCCCGCCGGGCCCGCUCAGCGGCCACCGCCGCCACAAUGUCGCCCUGGCCGUCGCCCCGCUCCUGCGACACCUUCGUGGCGCUGCCGCCCGCCGCGGCCGGGGGCCGCGUGGUGUUCGGGAAGAACUCGGACCGGCCGGCGGACGAGGUGCAGGAGGUCGUGCACUUCCCGGCCGCGACGCACCCGCCCGGCGCCGCGGUGGAGUGCACCUACAUCAGCAUCGAGCAGGCGGAGCGGACCCACGCCGUGGUGCUGAGCCGCCCGGCCUGGCUCUGGGGCGCGGAGAUGGGAGCCAACGAGCACGGCGUGUGCAUCGGGAACGAAGCCGUGUGGGGCAGGGAAGAGGUCUGCGAUAGCGAAGCUCUCCUCGGCAUGGACCUCGUAAGGCUUGGACUUGAAAGAGCAGACACAGCUGAAAAGGCUCUUACUGUCAUAGUUGAUUUGCUGGAAAAAUAUGGACAGGGAGGAAACUGUAUGGAGAGCCACAUGACAUUUACAUACCAUAACAGUUUUCUGAUAGCUGACAGAAAGGAAGCAUGGGUGCUGGAGACAUCAGGAAAAUACUGGGCAGCAGAAAAAGUAGAAGGAGGUGUACGUAAUAUUUCCAACCAGCUCUCUAUCACAACCAAGAUUGACAGAGAACACCCAAAAUUGAAGGAAUAUGCUAAAAGCAAUGGCUGGUGGGAUGGCGAAAAGGAAUUUGAUUUCGCUGCCACGUAUUCUUAUGUCAAUACUGCCAGAAUGACCACAACCAGAGGCCGAUAUUGUGAAGGCUAUAAACUUCUGAACAAACAUAAAGGAUCUAUCACUUCUGAAAUAAUGAUGGAAAUUCUUCGUGACAAAGAGAGUGGCAUUAACAUGGAAGGUGGAUUUAUGACAACUGGCAGCAUGGUGUCUGUACUGCCUCAGCAGCCUAAUCUGCCCUGUAUUCACUACUUUACUGGAACUCCAGAUCCAGCAAGGUCUGUCUUCAAGCCUUUCAUUUUUGUGCCCGAUAUUACUCAGUUAUUAAAAACUACGUCCCCUACAUUUGGUCAUGAUGAUCCAGUUAAGAAGCAACCACGUUUCCAGAGUAAGCCAGAUCGAAGACAUGAGCUCUAUAAAAAACAUGAAAGUGCUACUGUAGUUAUGGAAACUAAUGAGGGCAAAGGUAAAGAAAUGCUCCAGGAGUUACAGAAGCUGGAGAAACAGAAGAUAAGUCAAAUGGAAUCAAUCCUGCAAAAUGGAUGUCUUGAUGUUAACCAAGUGGUUAAACUUUUUUCACAGUGUGUAGAACAAGAACUCAAAAUAUAUAGCUAAGAAUAUUAUUUGAAUGGGGUAAAAUUACAUCUUAUUUUCAGUAUACCACUUAAUAUGGACAGUUUUAAAAUUGUGGAUUCAAUAUUUAGGACAAAUAUUAGGCUUUUGAUUGUAGGAAGCAAUGCUGAAAAGGCUCCUAAGAGCUAGGCAGUGGCUUUGUACGUGGCACAAAGCUGUCAGCAGAGACUGAUUUUGCCAACAAACAGAUGCAAUUAGAAUGCAAUAACUUGAUGAAAUUGUGGAACAGCUCCAUCUCUGGCUAAAGAACACCAAUUCAGCUUUGGAGAACUCAGUUCUAGUGUACACACAUGUAGCUUUUAUAGUCAAGAGAAUUGUAGCAGAAGUCAGACUACCUGAAUUAAAAUGGCCAUACUGAAGACUUUGUAAAAUGUGGAAUCUAUGAUGAGCACUGAAUAAAAAGGAAAGUAAGAUCGAUAGUCAGUUGUUUGAUGAAACCACUCUAAGACAGGUUUAUAUGAACCUUCUACUCCUUCAAUGUAAAAUAGGCUAAGAGUUCAAGUUAUAUUAAAAACAAAUCACAGUUAUAAUUUUACCAUGAGUGGUUGUGAAAUCUGAUUACAUGGAAUUCAUCAAUGCAAGCAUCCUGUAAGUUACCACACAGUUUUCACUUCCCUUUCUAUUUUCCCCCACCCUGAUACUGAAAAAUAAACUUAUUUACAUAGAAUAUGAUUAUUGUCAAAUUAAUUCUCCAAUGCACUUUAUAAUGCACUAUGAUGUGGGAGUUUUAAAAUGUUUCUUGAAUUGUUACUUUUUAAAAUUGGGCAACCAGAAAGGAAGAGUUUGAGGUACAAAAGUAUGUACAUGUACUCAAGCAGGACACUUAAAAGUACUUUAAAUUUUUUUUCACUUCAUAUUAAGCCUUUUAACCAUGACUUCGUUUGCCAAAAUUAGUAGACUGUGGAGUUAAUUUAAUCAAGCUUUUUGCCCAGCCUCAUGCUGUUUAAAAGUAAUGAUCAAUAUAUGACACUUCUUUUAUUAUCUGUGGCAAGGGACAAACUGAACAAAUAACAAAGAACUGACUUUACCACAUGAUGAAGCAGGAUAAAAAGUAUGACUGUAAGGAAAAAAACCAAACCACUCAAAAGCCAACACUUCUGCAAACCUUUAGAAGAAAACAUGGACCAUGAAAUGGAGCAUUAGAGCUGCAGCAGUGAUGUGACAUGAUCCAGCAUCCCCACAGACAAAGCAGACCACAGAAAGACCAUUCUUUGAUGGUUUCUCUAUAUUUAGUCUAGAAUAAUCUCAGAUGCUAAAGAUACGGCCAUGAACAUGCAAUUUUCUCAUUUUGUAAACUGUUCUAUCCCCCACUGGUAAAAAAAGUAAGUACAUGCAAAUGAAUAGUCAAUGAAGUUUGCAGAAUUAAUAUGAAAAGUAAGAAUUUGGCAGAAUUUAUUCUUUUUGAUGCUAAAAUGAAAGUAGAAAUUAAUUUGGGAUGCUGUGUUCAGAUCCACAGUAAGAAACUAAUGAGCCAGGAAAAGCUCUUGAACUUACUAGUUCUAGUGUGCCAUGUGGCAAUAGCAAGCAGGACUGAGUAGCAAGUUAAACUGAAAGCAAGUUGGAUUUGACUGUGAUCCUUUUGAACCUGUGUUUGUUGACAACAAAAUUUCAUAGAAGUGCAAUAGUACAUAGUGGAUGUUUGUUAACUGGAAGAUAGAUUUAAUAAAAAUUUGCUGCAUUUA